AUGCAUCGUCUCAAUUGCCACGUUCAGAACUACGCCUGGGGCAAGAAGGGUGACGACUCGGAGGUGGGUCGCCUUUACGGCGCCGGCCACAAACAGUUCCAGAUCGAACAGCAGAAGCCCUAUGCGGAAGUAAGUGGAGCUUUUUUUGGGGAGGGAAGGGGGGGGGGAGGGGGGGAGGGGAGCAAAAGUUCAAAAAUUUAUAAAAAUUAGUUUUUAAAAGAUUUUCAUUGAAAAUGUUACAACUUUCUGAUUGAGUUACGGUUUUGUAAUACUUUUUUUUGGUCAUAAAACACAACCUACAAAGUAAGAAAUCAUUAAGGGAGGGGGGAGAUAUAAUACUGAAUGAUUAUAUUAUCCCAUAGCCUCCCCAAACAGCAAUUUAAAAAAAAAAAUAAAAGAAUAAUUUUCCCCUCCCCCCUCUAAAAAAACUUAUACCCUACAUGUCUAAAAAAUUAAAAAAGUACCUCUUAUUAUAGUACAAUCUUCUAUCUAUUACAAAAUCUUAUCACUGUAUUCUUUAGCUAUGGAUGGGAACCCACCCAGACGGCCCAGCUCGACUUCACGGCUCCGACCUGAAGCUGAGUGAGCAUCGUGCCAGAUUAGAUAACGCACCGAAAGAAGACGAUCAUUUGCCUUUCAUCAUGAAGAUAAUGGCCAUCCAACACACCUUGUCACUUCAAGUACAUCCCACAAAAGAGCAGGCUACACAGCUACACGAGAAGGAUCCCUUCAACUACCCUGAUCGGAAUCACAAGCCUGAACUGGCUUACGCUUUGAACAGAUUCGAACUCUUGUGUGGAUUCAGAACGGCCAAAGAGAUCAUGAUCAACAUGAAAUGUAAGAUACAUUUUGAUACUUGGGAGCUUGAGCUGAGUUGUAUGUCUAAAAGUAGAUUGUAAUAUAAUAUAGAAAGCGAAUUACAGUCAAGUAACUCCAAAUACUUCACAUAAAAGACUUCAAAGCUACCUGACCCUAACCCUCACCUCUUUCAGCCUUCCCCGAGCUUCAAACAGUAAUGGGAGUAGACAAUUGUAAACGUUUCAUGGCUCUAGUAGAAGCUGGUCAUCCAGACGACAGUGAAGAGCUGAAACAAGCCAUCAAAGAUUGUUUUACCACCAUGAUCUACAUCGAGAACCAUUCAGAAGUCCUCGUGGAGAACCUCGCCAUCCUCAGACAGAAUCUGGAGCACGGUGUUCGAGGCUGUCUGAUUGAGGAUACGGUAGAGGUCAUGUUCAAGACUCUCGACCUCUUCCCUGGCGAUGUUGGAUGUUUUGCGCCAUUAUAUCUGAAUCACAUGAUUCUGGAGCCAGGAGAAUGUUGUUACUACGCCGCGGAAGAGUUGCACGCCUACUUGAGUGGAGGUAAGGUGAAUAUAACUUUGAAUCUAGCUCUUUUUGGCGUUACCUACACCUUUUUAAACACAAAUAUAAAUUUCUUAAAAUUUUGAGACUAUAGCAAGCUUCAAAAACAUAAAAAUAAUAGUAAAACCCUACUGUAAUAUAAAUUCAUUCCAGAAUGCGUGGAAUGCGUUGGCUGUUCCAACAACACGAUCCGAGCUGGUCUCACCAAUAAGUACGUCGACCGAGAAAGCCUGGUCCAAGUCCUGAACUACCGUAUGACCGACCCCUCCUACUACAUUGUCCCUCCCCAAUCCCUCACACCUAACGUCGUCGAAUUCGCUCCAGACUGCCGCGACUUCACACUCCAUGAAAUCAAAAUCAACGAUGAAUCCUCGUCUUCAACAUCGGCCGAACUACCCAACCUUGACUGUGCCAGUAUCAUUGUUUUCGUGUCGGGAGACGUGCAGGUCGAAGAAAACGACCAGAAACGGCACACCGUGACCCGAGGCGACAUCUACUACAUUCCCAAAGACACAGACGUCAAACUGACUCGACUCUCGGCCACGCCCGUGCUGGCCUACAGAACGUCAAGCGAUGAGGAAGGGCCAGACCAUUCGAACAGGAUCCGAACGGACGGCCUCAGUCAGGCCGAGAUUCUGAAGAUGAGGCUACGGAACGAGGUGCGAGUAAGCCUCAACAACAACAACCAGCUAGCGGACGUGUCGGUAGAGAUGGACGGAUUCAUGUAG